AUGUCUUUUAAUGGAGAAUUAUUUGAAAUUAUGUCAUGGUUAUCUGUAAAAACCUUACACAGAUUAUCAAUUAUGACAAAAACUUGCAAAGAUUUUCUAUCUGAAACCUACUUCAUUGAGAGACAGUGUCAAAAUUCAUGUUCGAAAACCGAAGAGUGCUUGAUAAUUGAAGAAGAUUCAUGCCUAACUACCAAGGUUAGAAAACUACAAUUUUCCUUCUUAUCCAAACCACAAUCUUACAAUGACAUCCCAAAAAAAUCCCUUAAGUUCUUAGUUAAAAAAGGUCGUAUUUUAGCGUCAAAUAACGGCUUAAUCUUAGGUAGGAUUGUAAACUUCAAGAAAGCAACCGAGUUAUUUCUGUGCAACCCUGCAACAAGAACUUGGUCGACUAUUAAGUUGCCUAACAAGGAAUUAUCAAGGAGAUAUCAAACUGAUGGAAGUUUAAAUAUUACGUUGGUAUGUGGUAAUGCAUGUAAUAAAGAAAAUAUUAAGUUUCCAUUAGACUAUACUCUUUUGAUGUUUACCAUACAUGAUAUAGAAGAUUGGAACAGUGGGUAUGACAUUUUUAUCUUGGAGGCUGGUAGUAAUUGGGUACUCAAACAUGAAAAUGUCAUAACAAGUCGAAGUUUGAAUUUUGAUGAACAAGUUUUUGGUAUAGAUGGUUUGUAUAUUUUAUCAAAUUAUGGAAGUUGUUUUACGCGAGAUCCUUUCCCUCAUCUAUUUCAUUACAAUGUUGUACGUGAGACUUCAAGAAUUAUAAGAGUACCGCAAGAUAGUGAUGAUCAAGAUAAUUUUGAUAUGAAUGCGUGUACUUUUCGGAUAUUUGGAUGGGAGCGUAAAAUUAGAGAUUGUGUGUUCGAGUCUCUUUGUCUAGUUAAGUGUUUUGUUACGAUGAUCAAGAUUUGGGUACUUGAAUGCAAUAACAAGGAGAACGAGAAGGUGAGUACAUGGCAGUGGUUGAUUAACAUAGAUAUCGUAGAUAUUUUGGGCAUCAAGGAAAUUUCAUCAUGGACAAAUAGCUUCAUUAUUUUGGGGAAGAAUCUGAUAUAUGCUGAUAUAGAUGGCAAUGUGUUACAAUAUUGUUUGGAAGGUGAGAAUUAUGGUAAGCUGAAAGUAAUUUGCAAGUAUGAAGAUAGUUCUAGCCAAAGGUUGCGUUUCAAUUCUUACUCCACCACUCUUCGCCCUUGCAUCAAAGAUUUGAUCAAGCCUUCUCGUAGAAUUAAAUAA